UAAUAACUAAUGAGGAAAUUUUGAAAACAGUUUUCUUCUGAAGGUGGUAUUUUUUUGUCUGUUAACGUCUGCGUUUUAAUUGUAGAUACCUGUAGCUGAGUCACCGAUUCCUCAAGAAAUAGUCUUAGAAUCCCUGGCCUACAGCCACCUGAACAGGUUGGCAGAGAAAACAAGUGUCCCUGCACCUCAGAAGUCUGAGGGUGAUCGUCUUAUGGAAACCGUAGUGACGGAAACAGUGUUUGUCUAUGAACAAUCCAGGAUGCCUCUUUCCGACCUUGGCUGUGAGGUUGAGAGUCCUUUUACUGUAUCAGACUCUGAAACCACUGAAACCAUUGCUACCGAAGACGUUGCUGAAAGUGUGAUAACAAAUGCUGAUAACGUACAUCCCAGUAUCAGCGGUCAGCACAAGAUACCUGUAGCUGAGUCACCGAUUCCUCAAGAAAUAGUCUUAGAAUCCCUGGCCUACAGCCACCUGAACAGGUUGGCAGAGAAAACAAGUGUCCCUGCACCUCAGAAGUCUGAGGGUGAUCGUCUUAUGGAAACCGUAGUGACGGAAACAGUGUUUGUCUAUGAACAAUCCAGGAUGCCUCUUUCCGACCUUGGCUGUGAGGUUGAGAGUCCUUUUACUGUAUCAGACUCUGAAACCACUGAAACCAUUGCUACCGAAGACGUUGCUGAAAGUGUGAUAACAAAUGCUGAUAACGUACAUCCCAGUAUCAGCGGUCAGCACAAGAUACCUGUAGCUGAGUCACCGAUUCCUCAAGAAAUAGUCUUAGAAUCCCUGGCCUACAGCCACCUGAACAGGUUGGCAGAGAAAACAAGUGUCCCUGCACCUCAGAAGUCUGAGGGUGAUCGUCUUAUGGAAACCGUAGUGACGGAAACAGUGUUUGUCUAUGAACAAUCCAGGAUGCCUCUUUCCGACCUUGGCUGUGAGGUUGAGAGUCCUUUUACUGUAUCAGACUCUGAAACCACUGAAACCAUUGCUACCGAAGACGUUGCUGAAAGUGUGAUAACAAAUGCUGAUAACGUACAUCCCAGUAUCAGCGGUCAGCACAAGGUCAGGAAAAUAUCCUUGGAUACUGAAGAUGAAUACCUUGGGCAUUGUGAGUCUGAAGAAAGUAGAGACAAAGACAAACCAGGAAGACCAAAAGAACCUGUACUCUUUGCAAAAGGAGAUCCUUCGUAUAUGAAAGGGUCUCCCGAGAGUGAAGAGAAAUUAUGGCAAGCUUCCUCUGUGAAGUCUGACAUUGAAUGUAGUCCUAAAAAAAUUGUAUGUCUAGGUGUUACAGAUAAAUGCCAAGAUACAAAGGACAUUUCUAAUAACUAUGUAGAGGUACCACCUGUUAAUGACUCUUCUAUUCCAAAGCUGGAUAAAGUUCUGGAGAGUCAAUUCCCCAGACAAAAUGAGGGGCUGAAUAAUAAAAAAUGCAAAGAGGAUAAUAGGCAAAAAUACGAGGAGAAGGUACAGGACUCCAAAAAAACUGACAAAGAGCACUACCGAAAGAAGAGACAAUACUCUGACAGUAAAGACCGGAAGCAAAGCAGGAGCAAAGCGGAUGAUCGUUCCUACAAAAGGAGGCGCUCUUGCAGCAUGGAAACAAAUAAGCAAUAUCAUCAUAAGCAGGAUUAUUGCAAUGAAGGCAAGUACAGACCUUCCCAUCAUGAAAGAAACAGUCCAAAUAAUGGCAAAAGCUCAGGAAAAUACUCUCGUUAUAAAUCCCGAAGCAGAGAAAGAACGGAACAAGACAGGAAUAAGUAUUACCAUUCCAAAGGAGAGAGGACUUGGAACAGGGAAAGAUACUACCAAGAUGAAUUACGGAGAUGGGAAAAAUGCAGAUAUUACAAGGAUUAUUACUCUGUUCAUGGAACAGGUGAUGGUAGAGAGAGGAAGUCCUCUCAUUUUGAUAAAGCCUUUGACAAAUUGAGUCAAUUCUACAAAUCACGUAGGGAUUAUCACUGCAAGAGCAGAUGGGCUCACAACACUCACUCCAGAGAGGAAGGAGCCCAUCACUUGAGUAGCCACAGAGAGAACUUCCGUCACUGUUCAGUACCUCAGCAGUCUGAAAAACACUCUCGGGAAGGGCACGCACCUCCACCUGCCUCAGCUCAUGCACGAUUUGACAACUCUUUCUGGGAAAAUGAGAAACUGAGGCUUGGCAAGAGGAAAUACGGCGAUGCAGAAGGAAGCGAAGCUGAAGUGGGAAAGAAACGCCGCAAGAUAGAUGACCAAAGAAAGAAAAAGAAGGUCAAGAAGAAAAUGAAGUCCAAAGAAAAAUAUCAAGAGAAGGAUUACAAGUAAGCAGGGAUUCCAGC